UCAACAGGUGGUGUGCCUCUGAUUGGUCGAGGCCGGUUGCUAUGGUAAGCAAUGCCGCCGGAACAAAACCUGGGCUCCUGUUUCAAGUGGACAGUCAGCGAAGCUCGUACGUGCUGAGUAAGGACUGGUGAGAAGAGAAAAGGCUGGGAGUAGACGCUAGCUUGGAUCUGGAAGCGUGCUGCUAUACUUACGACCACCCGGUCAUUUUGCCGAGGAAAGUCUGUCACAUAGUAACGGACCUGAGGUGACAGCUUGGCAAUAUAGGCAGCCAACCUUCAGCCAAACCCCACAUUUCCUGACUACACAACUCGAUCACAGAGCUCACAAAGCAUGGGUUGUGGAAGCUCCAAAGCUACCCAAGUCGUACCGGCAAGUCAAGCCUGGGACUCGACAGGAAAGAUGACGACCGCCAAAGACGUCAGAGAAGGAUCAUCCAAGAGUCGGAAGAGCAGGAAAGGUUCCGGUGGAAAGUCGAGGGUGAAAAGUCUAUCAGGAUCGACAUCGUCCAUCGGCAGCCUAGACUCUAGUAGCUCUGACAGAGAAAAUAGAUUGGUGUCGUCUGCAACUUCUAAAUCGUCCAGCAAAUCUGGUGACAGCGGGCUUGGAGAAGACUAUGCCAAUGUCAUCACCGAAAAUUCCAACCCAAGUGCUGUGGCACAAGUAGAGACAGACAGACGACCAAAAACUCCAGAUUUUGAGCUGACAGGACAAGCCAUUUCCAGAACCCGCAGCGGAAAGCAGAGGUCCGAGGACAUCCUGCGGCAGCUACAGCAGGAAGGUCUGGUACGACCUAAAACCAGCGGCGGUGGCAGGUCGCUGGCCUUCGAAGUCCAACUGGGGCCGGGGAACAAGUUACCACCAGUUAACCAGCUACCACCACCUCGCCUGGCUAAACUGGAGAGAAGAAGGAAGAAGAAGAAGCUCACAAAGGAAGAGCUGGAAGAAAAGAUGAGAAAAGCAGAGGAGAGAAGACAGAAAAAAGAGCAGGAAGUCAGAGAGAAGGCCAUCCAGACCAGAAUAAAGGAGCCCACACAGGAUCCCAUGGCUGUCUUUGCUGAACAACAGAAAGAACUUGCCGAGAAGGUGGAAGAAAAAGUAAACGAAGCCGAAAAGAAACGAGAAGCUCAUCUCAAGGCCCUGCGCGACAGGCUACGACAAAAGGAAGAGCAUGCCAAAAAAGUGCGGGAGGCCAAGCUGAAGGCACUGGAGAACCCUCCGCAGGAUAUGGAAAUUAAAGAGGAUAUUGCUGCGACUAGCUAAGAGACUAUGUGCCAUGUGCAAAAAACCUGCUCAGCACACAUUACACUCUGUACAAGACACACCUACCUCAAGAUCUGUGCAAGUUGCCUCAGGGGUGCGAAUGUCUGGUUGCAGUGCUUCAUCUACAUUCAUAUGUACGUGUAUAUUUGCCCAGUGGCAAGUACACUAAAGCCACUUUCAUGUAAGCCACUUAACAGUGUCUGCAGUGACAAAUUGUUUUGACUGCCACAAAAUACAAAGGGUUAUUCUAAUCAGCAAAUAUAUACCUUUAAUCGUACUUGGAUGUAGGACGAUUAAAAUGAAGUGAAAGCAGAAGUGAGUAUCAUACAGAAGUCUCACAUCAUAAAACUUUUGACGGUGAAAUGUGUGUGCGUGUGCUGGUAACGUGAUGUAUAUAAGAUACUAUUGGCCACGAUUGCUGCAUUAAGGACUUGUGUGUUGCAAACAGUGCCAUGUAGAUAGAUUUGUAUAUUUUCAAGGAGCAUAUUUUGUAUUAGUUAUAUACUGACACCAGUGAAAGAUGAAAAUCUGGACACCGUCCAUUAUUCAGCACUUCAAUGUUUGAGAUUCACUACACAAUAAAAAAUGCUGAUACAAUGA